UACACAGUUCAACAGAGGCCAAAAGAUUGGAACAACUUCUGAAUACUCGUUAGUUUCGACUUUUGUGGGACGUUACGAAUGCUUGGCAGUUUCAGUGCUGCAGAGACAGAGUGCUUCCACUACUAAUAUACCAGGGCCAAAAAGAGGGUUAGUUUUAGCAAGGAGUGGAUUUUCUUUUUAUUAACAGUUUAUUUUCUCUUGAUUCAAGUGGAACCGUAUGUCAUAUUUUGUCUCGCAAUGGAUUAUAUUUAUUUAAUGUUGUCUUUUCUUGUCAAUUUGAUAUUUUUGGAUUCUUGGGUGCAUGCAGCAAAAACUCAAGCAAACCUCUCUGGAAAGCUAACUGAAUAUGGGCUAAUUGUUCCAUUUAGUACAGAUUCCCAUGGUAGGUAUAUUUCUCACGUGGUCUCAGCAACUGGAAGAAAUGAAGAUGGUUCGUCUUCUGGGCGGAGGAGGGUGGCAAGGAGUGCCCAGGACCCUUUCCAACUCACCCCAUCUGUCCAACAUUUGUUUUUCAAUGUCACAGUCUUUGGAAAGGAAUUGCACUUACGCCUAAAGGCCAACAAUAAGCUGGUAGCCCCUAGUGCCUUUGUGGAAUGGCAAGAAGAUUAUGAGGACAUUUCCAAGGAACCGAUCCAUGGGGACUGUGCUUUCAGUGGGGAUGUAACUGACAUGCCAGGGACUACUGUGGCAAUAAGCAACUGUGAUGGACUGGCAGGGAUGAUUCGCACUGAUAAUGGGGAGUUUUUCAUUGAGCCCCUAGAGAAAGGGCAGCAGGAAGUGGAAGAAAAGGGGCGUGUCCAUGUGGUGUACCGCAGGUCCGCCAUCAAAAGGGAACCAUUGGAAACAAGGGAGGACCUCCACAAUGAAGAACAGUUCAACCCAGCUGCUGCAGUACUCAGCUCACCAGCUGUUCCUGACUUUGGCGUAGGAGAGCUGCAGAACUCUGUAAACAAGAUAGAUCAACUGAUCCAGGCAGACCGCAAAAGGAGACAUGCCAAGAAAGACGACUACAAUAUCGAGGUGCUACUGGCGGUGGAUGAUUCGGUAGUGCGAUUCCAUGGGAAGGAACAUGUACAAAACUAUGUCCUAACGCUCAUGAAUAUAGUGGCUGAAAUUUACCAUGACGAGUCCUUGGGAACCCAUAUCAACAUUGUGCUUGUCCGUAUGAUUAUGGUGGGAUAUCGCCAGUCUAUCAGCCUGAUUGAACAAGGGAACCCUUCGCGAAGCCUCGAACAGGUCUGCCGAUGGGCUCAUUCUCAGCAACGCUCUGAGCCCGACCAUGCAGAAUACCAUGACCAUGCCAUCUUCCUGACAAGGCAAGAUUUUGGUCCCGCAGGUAUGCAAGGUUACGCUCCUGUGACAGGCAUGUGUCAUCCCUUAAGAAGCUGCACACUCAACCAUGAAGAUGGCUUCUCCUCUGCGUUCGUAGUGGCCCAUGAGACUGGCCAUGUGUUAGGUAUGGAACAUGACGGUCAGGGGAAUCGCUGUGCUGAUGAAACCAGCAUGGGCAGCAUAAUGGCACCACUGGUACAGGCCGCCUUCCAUCGCUAUCACUGGUCACGCUGCAGCAAACAGGAGCUGAACAGAUACAUACAUUCUUAUGACUGCCUGCUGGAUGAUCCCUUUGAACACAAAUGGCCCAAGCUUCCGGAGCUCCCGGGAAUAAACUACUCAAUGGACGAACAGUGUCGCUUUGAUUUCGGCGUGGGAUACAAAAUGUGCACUGCUUUCAGAACAUUUCACCCUUGUAAACAGCUUUGGUGCAGUCACCCUGAUAAUCAGUAUUUUUGCAAAACUAAGAAGGGUCCCCCUCUUGAUGGGACAGAAUGUGCACCAGCAAAGUGGUGCUUUAAGGGUCACUGCAUAUGGAAGACUGCAGACCAGCCGUACAGCCAGGAUGGAAACUGGGGCUCCUGGAAUAAAUUUGGGUCUUGCUCCAGGACCUGUGGUGGAGGAGUACGUUCCCGGAGCAGACAGUGUAACAACCCACCUCCUGCAUAUGGUGGACGUGACUGCCAUGGAUCCGCUUUUGAAUACCAGAUAUGCAAUACUGAAGAAUGCCGUGGCCCAUAUGAAGAUUUCAGAGCACAGCAGUGCUCACAACGAAGCUCCCAUUACCACCAGAACAAAAAACAUACCUGGCUUCCAUACGAACACCCAGAUGAGGCCCAGAAGUGUGAGCUGAUUUGCCUGUCUAAAGAAACAGGAGAUGUGGUGUUCAUGAAUCAGGUGAUCCACGAUGGGACACGAUGCAGUUACAAAGAUCCUUUUAGUGUCUGUGCCCGAGGGGAGUGUAUGCAUGUGGGAUGUGACAAAGAGAUUGACUCCUUUAAACAGGAAGAUAAGUGUGGCGUGUGCGGUGGGGAUAACUCACACUGUCGGACAGUCAAAGGGACAUUUGUCAAGACUCCCAAAAGAUCAGCAGGAAUGCUGAAAAUGUUUGACAUACCAGCAGGGGCGAGGCAUAUUCACAUAGAGGAGACUGAGACAUCACCGCAUGUUAUUGCUGUUAAAAGUCAAGCAACAGGUAAUUUCAUACUGAAUGCAAAAAGCGAGGAUUUCCCGACAAAAACAUUUAUUGACAGUGGUUUGGAGUGGGAGUACACCAUUGAAGAUGGCAAGGAAACCUUGAAAACUAACGGCCCCCUGCAUGAAAGCAUUAUUGUUUUGGCAAUUCCUCAAGAUGAUGACUCCAAAAUCAGCCUAAUGUAUAAGUACAUUAUCCAUGAAGAUCUACUGCCGGUUAUUGGAAACAACAAUAUCCUUUUGGAAGAGAUGGACACAUAUGAAUGGGCCUUGAAGAGCUGGUCACAGUGUUCAAAACCCUGUGGGGGAGGCAUACAGUAUACAAAGUAUGGCUGUAGGAGAAAGAGUGACAGCAAGAUGGUGCACAGAAACUUCUGCGAUACCAACAAGAAACCCAAGCCAAUCAGAAGACGCUGUAACCUCAAUGAAUGCAGCCAGCCAACGUGGGUGGCAGAAGACUGGGGCUCUUGUAGCAAGGUAUGUGGGAAACUUGGAUUCCAUUCAAGGGUCGUGCAGUGCCUUCAGUCUCUUCAAAAUGGCACUAACAGGACAGUACACACCAAAUACUGCACUGGAGAGCGGCCAGAGAGCCGGAGACCCUGUAACCGUUCACCAUGUCCAGCACAAUGGCGCACAGGAGCCUGGUCUCAGUGCUCUGUGAGUUGCGGAGAAGGAAUUCAGCAACGACAGGUAGUGUGCCGAGCUAUGGACAACAGCAUUGGCCACUGUGAGGACAGCAAGCCAGAAACUGUACGGAUUUGUAAAUUAGACCCCUGCCCAGGAAAAUCCAUGUUGCCUUCGCCAAGCACAGAAACUGUUGAACAUGUGAGCCCCAGGGUUCAGUGGAUAUCCCAGUUGGUUCCAGAAAGUCCUGUUAAUAAGAUCUCCACCAAUGAGCCAUGCCUUGGUGAUAAAUCCAUAUUUUGUCAGAUGGAAGUCCUAGCCCGCUAUUGCUCCAUCCCUGGCUACAAUAAACUGUGCUGUGAGUCCUGUAAUAAGAAGGUAGCUACUACAACACCACUGUCAAACCCUGAGACUUUGGCCAUCCAGGCCAGUCCCAUGCCUAUCCCGGACUCGGUAGUCACACCAACUGCCCAAAACCAACCUCAAGUGACCAACGGAGCUGCUAUAACAGUGAUGAAUACAUCAACACCACUUCAAGCCUUGACUGUCAAUGCAACAGACCUCAGGGCUGCUGGCACCUCAGUUUUGAGCUCCAUGGUUCAGUCUCAGGGUACUGCCAGCAGCUCCACAGCAGUAGACAGUGAAAACCUUGGAAACCUAUUUAGACUACCUCCUGGCCAAAAAACAGUGGGGACAAGCACUGUAGGUACACUGGAUACCAUGGCCUCAAAAAGGCUUGCAUUAGACUCCAGUAAGACUUCCCAUAGCACUACUAGUACAAGCAGCACUUUAGGGUCCUCAGGUGUGACCAGGUCAAGAAGGGAUGAUUAUGGAUCUGAGACAGACUUGACACACCGAACCUCACCCUUAGUUACAUGAAGUGUGACUUCAUCUGUGAACAUGCACAUUUAACGUACCUGUUUUGUUUUUUAAACCAGGCACUUUUUUUACCAGUUGCUGCAAGUAAAUAAUUUCUGUGCGAGUGAAUUUUGACCAGCGAUGGUUACCUCAAAGUUGACAGAAAUUAUUCAGUGUUUCACUUACAAGCAGUGUAUUACACAACACUCCAUGCUUUAUGAAGCAAAACAAAAAUAAUUACUCAGUGGUGCUGUAUACAAUUUAACGGGCUAUACAAGCAUGUUUUAGUUUACUAGAAGCAUUGCUGAUAAUUACUUGUUCAGUUAAUACACUAGGGGGGACAUGUAUCAAGCGUUUGACGGUAUUAAGGCCAUCACACAGAGUUUACGCCAGCCUUAAAAUUGCCCUAUAUGUAUCAUGACACUUGGCAAGUUAAGGCCAUCUUAGUAUCGUCAAAAUGCGCUCUGCCGCUUGUUAGCCAUGCAUUUCAAGGCGUGUCAAGCAUAUAACAUGGGCAUAUUGUAGGUGGGGUUCAUUUGUAAAUGAAGUCUGCCAUAUUAAAAUUAGUUUUAUGAAACUGCAGAACAGCAACGCCAGCCCUAAAAGGGUCCACAAAUAAGACCAAUUUCAAAAUUGGUCUUAUUUGGCUGCAAAGAAAAAAGUCAGAAAGCAGCUGAUAGGAAAGAGCAUUAUGGCAGUAGUCAUAUAGGGGCCUGGAAAAUUCACUGUACUUUUAAAAGAAAUUCACAAAUGACAAUAAAAAAAAAAAAAUCAAAAGAAACGAAUUUCACAGUGUCAUGAAACCGACUUGUAUUUAAAAAAAAAAAUCUAUUUACAUUAUAUUCUACUGAUACUUAAAAUGUGUUAUUAUUGAGGUAGCCCAUUUGGAGGGGAGGUGCUAAUUUUCAUAUUAGUCUGGUAAUCUGUGCUACCGGUAACUCAUUUUGAGGGUUUAAGAACACCGGUGUAGCAGAAUUUUCGCAUUUAAAUGUGCCAAUUUACGCCAUGCCUCAUGAAUUUUUUGACAGUUAAUACAUUUGGGAUGGGGUAAAAUUUGUGCCGCGGCAGAGCGAUAUUUUACACUUCGCCAACUUACCACUGCAUCGGUAGAUCUUGAUACAGGUCCUCCUAGGUUUGUUAACCUAAUGCAUAAGUACAUUGGAACUACUUAUUGUACUUACUUUGUGAAACAUUAGUGUUUGGAAUAAGUGAAAUGCAUUAUUGGAUUUGUGGUGAUUGAAAAAUACAUCACCCAGAAUAGGGACCUAUGUAACCCCUGUCUCUUGGUGCUUACCUGCUAUGUACCUCCACCUGGUGCUUCUAAAAGAACAUCUGCUAAUUAGAGUGUGCUCAAACAAUGACUUUAAUUUGAAGACUGUGCUGGCUAAUAAAUGAUAGCGAUGUAUAUAGCUCAACAUCCAAGCACACACAUUGCCUUUUGUCACACGUACAAAUACAUCAUAAUUUUAUUUCCUAGAAUUGCUACGGUCUUUUAACGUAUAUAUGUUCAAGUAAUAUUGUAUAUAGUGUAAAUUUCAACGUAAUAUGAAACAAUUAACAAUAAACUUUGUAGUAUAAAGUGUAAUGUACUGGGAAGGUGCAGUACAUAACGUUAGAUAAUGUGAGCCUGUAAAAUUCGCCAUGUGUUGUUGCUUGUUAUAUUAUUUCAUUCCUGAGUUACAUUUAUUAACGUCAUAAUGUGUUUUGUAUAGUUCUUGUAUAUACAUGAAUGAGAGCUUUAAAUGUUAAUAUUUAUUAAAUUUUUAAAUUGUAGUAAAUGAUAAAUACAUUGAACUUGUUUAAGGAAAUCCAAUGUGUAACUAUGCCAUCACAAUGGCGAUAAAAAUUAAUAUAAUAACUGAGCUUCAGAGUGGAAAAUGGGGCAUUUAAUCUCUCUAUCUAUCUAUAUACACACACAUUUACAGUAUUUUACACAAACUGCAUUUCAGAGGGAAUAUUCCUAGCUUUGUUAUUUGCUGUUGGAGACUCGUGUUUUGGACAUGUCUAGAAAAGAGGACUUGCGUCCUUUUCUGCAUGAUGGUAUGCUUUUUAAAUGUGAGCAUGUAAGUGAAUGCUUGCAUACCCUUCCCUCUAUAACAACUUUGAUGGAAUGCAGUAAUAUGAAGAAAACAUGUAAAGAACCUGGACUGUAGACAUGAAGCAGAACUAAUACUGUUUCCAAUGAUCUGUUAAUUGUCAGAUGUGGGACCCAUUUCCACAAGGUUUACAACUCUACUAAAACAGUUUUACAAAUGCAUAAUACAGUAUGUAAAUGCAUCCACUACCCAGAAUAUCAGCAGUUCCAAUGACAGUAUGUUUAAAGAGUAAGUAGUAGGGUUCUGUAAAAUGUAAUGUCACACAUCCCCACAUGUUGCUACAACUGUUUAUAU